ACUACAGUUUAUAGAUGUAUUUGACAUUCUACAAUUAGUCGGACCAACUUGUCCGUUGGAACGGAGCAGCUUAUUAUGUAUCAGGAUGGAUUAGUCCACCGAGCCAGCAAUGGCGACGGACUACCAACCGGGAGCAGAGAUCCGUGUCUGCUUGCUUGCUUGUCGAUGGCACGGAAUGUAGAGAUGCGGGCACGGCACCUGGUGCUGUGGCCGUGUGGGCUUGUGGCUCGUGAGCACCCGGAUCGCCGGCCCAUCUCUGUGCCUAGCAGUAGGUAGAGCCAAACCUAACGGCAGCAGGUAGAGCUAGGUUGGUCGGCUAGGACCAUCGAGGUCCGUCACCAUCCGACGCAGGAUCCGUGGAAUGAUCCGAGUGGGAAUACCGGUUAAGACCGCAAAGAUAGUAGCGACAAUGGGAUACGGGAUGCCCGUGACCAUUCCGUGGCUUUGGAACGAACUGCAGCUCUGAGUACUCACUCAUGUUUGAACUUAAGUAAUACCACAAGCUCAUCGGAGUUCUUUAUUACUCUGUCUCUGAUGGAAAAUCGAGAUUGAGCAGAGCAGAGCAGAGCAUAUACAUUUUUUUUGCAUAUGAUGCAUCGCCGCAGUUGGUAGGCAUCUUCGCUAGCUACCAGAGGCGUCGCCAUCACGCGGAGAAGCCUUCCCGGCGAUAAAUGCCCAUCACCUCGCUCCAAAUCGUCAUUAACAAUGCAUUAGGCAGCGCGCGAUCUCAAGCCAGCCGGCAGCAUCGACGCCAACUCCUCUUCCCGAGCAAACGCCCUGAUGCCAAGUUGCCAGUAGCAGGCGGCUCCGUAUAGUAGAAAGAGAAGACGACGUGUGUUUUGGCCUCCGGAGGAGCAAGCCCCCCAAAAAAAACGAGCAGGGAGCGGUUAAAAAGCAGGCAAAAAAGGGGAGACGCCACGAGCGGAAGACAGACAGGCAGGCAAGCGAGACCAAGGCGGGGGCGGAGCGCGAGAGGCGACGCGAGAGGCGAGAAGUGGAGGCGGUGCUGCGGUGGCAUGCCAUGGUUAUAAAAAGUAACGGAGCGCGACGAGGGUAGAAAGAGGAAGGCCCGCCGCUUCCCCUUCUUCAUUCCCGUCCCACACACGCCGCCGCCGCCGGUGCGGCUCGCUUCCGUCCCCCCCGGUCCGCGCGGGCUGCCUGCGGGAGCAGGGUGGCAGGGCACUCCGGCAACCACGUGGGUGGGGAGGCGACGACACCACCCUAUGCUCUGUCCUCGCCCGCAGGGUAAGAUUGCAGCAGCAGUGAAUUUGGGAGCUUGAAGCAUUCAUCUGAGACAUGGAAAAAGUGAUCUGCUGGGCAUAUCUCCUUCAACGCAAGCAGUUCUCGAAAGAAACUCUUGAUUGCUGUGUCUUAGCUCGUGGGAACACUCCUCUCUCCUCUCUCGUGAACUACACAUAGUGAUUAUAUGUUCCUCUAUGCUCAACAACAAGCAGGCUGAUGCGAUAUUUUGCUGAAGUUAUUAUAUUUCAGUCUAUGCCAGACAUCUACAUGGUUGAUAUAUUUGCUGUGUUCAGCUUACAUCUGUUGCGGCCCUAGUUAGCUAUUUGUCUUUUGUGUACUAUCUGAGGCAAGAGAUUGAUCAGCUAGGACUUGGCGAACACUUGCCUGUGUUGGCUGUUCAUCUGAAGGGGGAAAUUUGCACGAGACACCUCGGAUAUUACAACAAUGGAUAGAUUCAAGUUGAUUAAGGAAGUUGGCGAUGGGACUUUCGGGAGUGUAUGGCGUGCUAUAAAUAAACAGAAUGGUGAAGUUGUUGCUGUUAAGAAAAUGAAGAAAAAGUAUUAUUCUUUUGAGGAAUGUAUGGGUUUGCGUGAAGUAAAGUCUUUGCGGCGCAUGAAUCAUCCUAACAUUGUGAAGCUCAAAGAGGUUAUCCGAGAAAAUGAUAUAUUAUACUUCAUAAUGGAAUACAUGGAGUGUAAUCUCUACCAACUUAUGAAGGAUAAGGUCAAGCCUUUCUCGGAGUCUGAAGUCCGCAACUGGUGCUUUCAGAUAUUUCAGGCUCUUGCUUACAUGCAUCAGAGGGGCUACUUUCAUCGUGACCUCAAACCUGAGAAUCUGUUGGUUAGCAAAGAUGUCAUAAAGCUAGCAGACUUUGGUCUUGCAAGGGAAGUUUCAUCUUUGCCGCCAUAUACAGAAUAUGUCUCAACUCGCUGGUAUCGGGCACCAGAAGUAUUGCUCCAGUCAUCUGCUUAUGAUUCUGCAGUUGAUAUGUGGGCAAUGGGUGCCAUAAUGGCUGAGUUGUUGACACUCCAUCCUCUCUUUCCUGGAACUAGUGAAGCUGAUGAGAUUCACAAGAUAUGCAAUGUCAUCGGUAGUCCAGAUGAGCAAUCUUGGCCUCAAGGAUUGUCACUUGCAGAAGCAAUGAAGUAUCAGUUCCCACAGAUCAAAGGCAGUCAACUGGCCGAGGUGAUGACAACAGCCAGUAGCGAUGCAAUUGACCUCAUCUCAUCACUAUGCUCAUGGGAUCCUAGCAAGAGACCAAAGGCCGCAGAAGUCCUCCAGCAUACCUUUUUUCAGGGUUGUACAUGUGUUCCACUCCCUGUCCGUCCAAAAGCUUCAUCACUUCCUAGAACACCUCCAUGUGUUGGAUCAAAAGGAAAUUCAGAGAACAGUGUGGCUAGAAGAUUCUCAACUGGAACUCUAUCUACAAUGAAAUCUCAUAGCAAUGCAUCCGCAAAAUUAAAUGGUUUAUCUAAGACUGGUGUACAAAGAAAACUUAAUUUGGAUCGUCAGCCAUCCCAAAAGGGUAUGAAGCCAACCGAGACUAGCAAUAAACUAACUACGAAUCGGGUACCAGCUCGGAAUAGCCCAGGGAAUCCUGUACUUAGGCAUUCACGGAGCUUGCCUGAAACUGGCCGAGGAGCAAUACAGAAGGUCUCAUCAAUUACAGAGAAACUAUCCCAAAUGUCUGUGACCUCUAGAACACGGAGCGCUGUGAAGCCUGCUGCCCCCAUGAUGAAGGCCGGACAUGGCAAGUCGGACUUUCUUGGGAAGUCUGACGAUAUCCCUCCAGCAAAGAGGCUGACAAGAAAAUUGGUCAGCUAAAUGAGGGUAUGUGGAGUGAAAAUUCGAUCAGCUGCAGGAGGGGUGUUGUGUAUAGUGUGCAGAAACCAGUGUGCCCGAAGAGGAUAGUCAGCCUGAGCGUUUGCCCAUCGAUGGUUGUGCGGAUUUGCCAUCACCACAGUUUCGCUGCGUCGAGACAUAUUAGAAUGGGUUUGCAAAUUCCUUUGUGAAGUGCUAGAGCCUGCAUCAAGCCUUCCCCACUUCCGGGCGGUUGAUCUGCUUUUUUCCUGCGAAAAGCUUGCCCCCAUGUUUUAAUAAACAUGAUUGUGCUAUUAAUUUGGUUUGGUUUGCCUUGCAAUGUUAUCUUGCACCAAUAUCGCUGUCACAAACUGUAUGCACAUUUAACAGCUUGUAAAUCCUUGAGCCCAACAAGGGAUGGACAUUUCACAUUUGGUUUGAAUGCACAUUUAACGCAGUGAGGUGCCAAUUUGGCGCACGUCUUGUAA